UUGUGCGAUCGGUAGAAUUUCGUACGUUGUUCUUGUAAGUUGGAAACGAAACACUCCAACAUGGGUAAAAAAAAUUCCAAGCUAAAGCAAGACACAAUCGACAGACUUACCACCGCCACAUACUUUACAGAAAAGGAAAUAAGGCAAUGGCAUAAAGGAUUUUUGAAGGACUGUCCCAACGGUCUUCUAACAGAGCAGGGCUUUAUAAAAAUUUAUAAACAAUUCUUCCCACAAGGAGAUCCUUCCAAAUUUGCCUCUUUAGUGUUUAGAGUAUUCGACGAAAAUAACGACGGUUCUAUCGAGUUCGAAGAAUUUAUUAGAGCACUUUCGGUUACGUCUAGAGGAAAUCUGGACGAAAAAUUACAUUGGGCAUUUCGACUUUAUGACGUGGACAACGACGGUUUUAUAACAAGAGACGAAAUGUACAAUAUUGUGGACGCCAUUUAUCAAAUGGUGGGUCAACAGCCGUCCGAGGAUGAAAAUACUCCGCAGAAACGGGUGGACAAAAUCUUCGAUCAAAUGGAUAAAAACCACGACGACCGGCUAACUCUAGAAGAGUUCCGAGAAGGCAGCAAGGCUGAUCCCAGAAUUGUCCAGGCCUUAACGCUUGGUCCCGAAUAGCAUAAGGAUGCGGGAAUUUUACCCGACACACUCUGACGCAAGCAGGGGACGUUAUUCGAAAUCAAUUUCAAAUACGAAUCCGAUUUUUACAAAAUUCUCUCGUCUUGUUGUUAAGACGGGGCAGUUUUUGGCUGUUUUUACAUGUCGAAUUUUGUCCCUCGUGUCAAAACUACGGCUACGACGCUCAAUUAUAAAUAUUAGGAAGUUGAAUAAAUCGUCUUUAUUAUAGUUCUGUUUUGUUGGGUAGGAUGUAAAAAGACGGUUUUAUUGUGUGACGUUACAAAAUAUACCGACAAUCAUCAGAUUUUUUUGCCGUGCUAUUUUAUUGAAUGACUUUCAACUUCAUAUCAAAACGUUUUUUUUUAGUUGACUUAUUUUCGUAAUAGAACCUCAGCUCUUAUUUAUGUGCACUUUAUUCAAAGUAAAAAAAGUGUCAAAUAAAAAUAAGUAAGCUAAAAAAUAAAUUAAUACAUAUGUCUAUAAACACCACACCGUUACUGGAGGAAAUUUUAUACAUAUUUCCAUGUUAGCAAUAUCCUUUUUACGUCCAGAUUUGGAAUUUUAAAAAGCGUCACUGUUAAAAAUAUUUGCAUAUAAAGUGAAGUUUUAAACUACUGGAUGUUUUUUCACUUAAACUCUACAGUAGCAAUAAAAAAUCCUAUAUAGAUAUAUUAAAAUAUAAAUACUAAUUUAUUGUAUUUAAUAAAAGCUCAAUAAUUGAGAUUCAGAAGUGAAUUUGUUUCGACUGCGUUUUUAUAUCCAGUAAUUUAAAUUUAUCACUGUUUGAAUUACUCUUUACGACACUGCAUGUAUGAUGAACGAUAAAAGUUAUCACAAAUUUGCAAUUCCAUUUUCUCUAUACCUAAACUAUGAUACUUAAUAUGUAGUAAUAGAUUACAUUAAUGGUAGUUUUAAUCUAUUCAUGUACUAUAAUCAUUUAUCGACUAUUUUAAACUAAAGACAAAACACUUUAUGCCGAAAAGUAAAAUCUUAAAAUCUGUAUUUUUAUGAACAAAAAUUUGUUAAAAUGUUUGUGCCUAUUUAUUUUAUAAAGCUUUUGCAAAGUUGUAAAUGUUCAAAAACGAGUUGUACUUUACUUUUUCUGUAUUGUUAUCAAAAAAUCGAAUGGUGAAAAACUGCAAAAAAUUUUGGUAGGUACCUACUCAAUGUUGGUAUGACAAUACCCAUCAAUAAUGAUAAGCAAUUAAUUUCAAAUAACUGUUAAGAUUUUUUUAAAGACAAGAAAUAGUCGUUGUCGAUACGAUUUAUAAAAUUUAAGUAAGUAUUCACUAUUCUUCCUUGUAGCUGUACUUUUAUGUAAACAAACAUUAAGUAAUAUUUACAUAAGUGAUAGUUGGCAGUGUUAGUUGUUAACUAAUUUUAAAAAUUUUUAGCUAUUGCCAUGCACAAAUGUUGAGUUAUUUUAAGUUUCGUUGUUAUUAAUAAAACACAUUGUAGAAUAAAGUGAUUGCGCGUUGUUAAAUUUUUGAUUAUUUGUAAUGAUUUAAUAGCGCGGCCUAACAGUAUGCAUAUAAAUUGUUAUAAGUUUACAUUUUGACUGUAGCGACGCGCUAUUUUUUUUUAUUAACGACCUUCUGUGAUAAUUACAAUCAUUGUAUCGCAAUAAUGAAAAUGCUGUGUCUUGUAUUGCCGUAGGCUGUUCUUGUUGUUUUAGGUAAUUCGUAACAUGAUUGUUUUUUGACACUGUUUGUUGUUGUAAAUUAUAUGAAGCAAAUACAUGACAAAUGUGUACAAAUAUAUGGCAUAAAUUACAAUAAUAAAA